AUGGCGCGACUGAAAGACAUCAUCGUUGCGCAAGUAUCCUCAUCCUCGCAGAGGCAUCAGCAAUGCAUUACUCCCGGACCCGACCUUCCGUGGGAGCACAUCGGAUCUGGCCCAGAACGGCUUCUUGAAGAGGUUGAGAAACUCUACUGGCACGGCGUGCGAGGUGAGAUGAAGAAUAUCAUCGAGACCUUGAGGACGUGGCAGGAAUAUUCCUCCAAGGAUGUAGAUGACCCGAUUCCUAGCCAGCUAGAUGGUUACGACACGUUCAUAACCAACAUCACGCAGUGGCCGAGGAAGGCCGCAGAGAUAUACAAUGAUGAUCUCGGAAGAGCCAAAGACUUGGCGGAUUUUCCUGCUUUGCACUGGCUUGACAUGAGUCAAUACGAAACAUCCACUGAGAAGGUGUUAGUGCAGAAGAAAGUUCAGAUCAUGACCUCGAAGAUCAAGAAGGAGAUCAAGAGCCAGAUAAAACCUGUCACACUUGAAGGUCUGGAGCAAAAGGCUUGGUUGUUGCUGCAGAGCUCUGGUUUCCUAGAUAUCGAUAAGAUUAUUGAACAUCGCCCACCCGCACACAAGUCGGCCAAGAGGCCUGCUAUCCCUCAACUUGCACUCUCAGGCUUCGACAAGAGUGGUAUGCCAAAGUUUGAAGCGCAAACAUGCAUGCAACAUGGCUGCGCUGCAGCCAUCGUCUCGAGCUACUUCGUAUCAAAGAAACCUGAAGAACCAAAGAUAGUUUGCGAAACUUGCUAUAGGCAGCACCACUAUGGCAAGGAGUCUUAUGUCAAGACGUAUAAGCACCUCCUCUGCAAUGACAUCAUCACCAAUGAGGUUGCCAGCCAGAUUUGCAAAUGUACGAGCGUGAAGCGGCACGAUUCAACAGGGAAAGCUGUCGAUUUGUACCCAUACGACGACACGGCAGGGCACCAAGCUGACUGUGGCCUUUCCCGACUAAGCGAGGUCGAAGCGCAGGCUAAAUUCGAAGGCAUCCUCGCUGUCUCCGGGAGAAACCACAAGACGAAGUUGGCCGAGGUCGUGCACGCGAUUUCGAUGGCGGGGGGAAGUGGCUCUAAGAUGCAGCCUUACCUCCGAGAAUGGAAACAAAAGAGCCACAGAGCUAUAACCGAUCCGGCCGAGGACAAUCAUAUUCCCGCCUUUUUCGACCGAUUCGCGGAUAAGGACGGGUUGAAGAAUGUCCACAUGUCCUUGCGGGUCGGCACUUUGGUCUUUCAGAUUGGCGUGGCAAACACAAAGAGCGGAGCGCUCGUCACGAUUAGGGAGCCACCUGUGUUUGGGCAGAAUGCCCCAGACCCAACCUUUGUCCGGCCUUGCCUUGCAGUCGGUAGCUCGCCAAGGGAACUAUGGAAACAGGAUCGGCCAGUGGGAGUCCGCAAGAGGUACGCGAUGAUCAUGAAACAGGUUGUGGGCUCCGCCUUCGUCAACUGCCCCGAAAACGGCCUAGAGCGCAAAAUUAUCGACGCGGUUACUGAGGCGGCAAAGUCUCCGCUUAGCGCAGAGAAGGGAGUCACUCAAACACAAGACCAAAACAUCGAUGCUAUUGUGGAAAUGUUCAAAAGUUUGGUUGGGGGUCACGUUCAAACGUACCUUCGGAGCAUUACUGCUCUCCUCCUGAGACCGGAAAUCAAUCUCACCUGGAGUGCGGCGAACAAUUCCUGCCAACGAUUUUGCAAUUCAAUCCUGGACUCAUCCCUCUUCGGACCCCUCUUUGCCAGGGCUGAUAGCUCUCCCUCUGUUCCGCUCUAUCUUAUGAGUUUCGUCUGCCAGGAUGAGGGAUACAAUCAGCGAGUUGUUAGGUCACGACACGACGUGCCGCCCGGGCUUGCUGAGGAGUAUCUUGGCAACUUUUACUUUGGCCGGCACGAUGAUUCUGAUCUUAUCGACUCCUGCCAGGAGUACUGGUACGAUUGGUCGGGCACCGGUCCGGUAGUAACAAAAUAUGACGAUCUCUUUCCCUACGACUGCACCAGAGCGUAUGCGGGGGGAGACAACAACCUAGAGCUGAGCUGCGGCCGUUGCAGCCUGUCUAGACAUCUUUGGGCCUCACCCUUUGACAGCUGGGCCAUGGUGUCCAUGCACCUCAUGCGAGACUCAUUCAUGUAUCCCGCUUCGACUGUGCACCACCAGUCUCGCAAUCCCCGCGGAGGACCAGCCAGUUGGAUGAGGAAUCGCCUCUUGGCUCUCCAUUCCUCGAGCGUCCUUUCGCGAGUGGCCACUGCCAUGGCGGGGUCGCCAACCUUCCGGAUUUCAACCGUCUGGCUCCAUGGGAAGGGCUCCCCGCUUCUCGAGAAGAACCCGGGCCUUUCCCGUGUCCGCAUGGGAGGUAUUCACCGUGCUCAGCCGUUCAGUCACUACUACGAGAAGGGCACCAACCGUCUUUACUUCGUAGCCGACUGGGCCAGCAGGCUCGGCCGAAUACAGGAGUACACCACGCUUCGAGAUAACCGGGCCAAGAGCGUUGGCAUUAUGAAGCUACCGAAAGAAAUCCACUUCUUGGAGCCCCAAGAUCGAAACACAAAGAGGACGGCAGAUAAUCCUUAUGGCGGGUUCCGCGGGGCCAUGACGCAGCCAGACGUCGAAGCCCUUGAAAGUGAAAGGGUUAGGCGGACAACUAAUCUUGCGAAUCGCCAGAUGGCUACCACAACGGCGACUUUUACCCUUCUCGGUGGGCCAGUCGCGGGAAAUGGCACCGGCGGAGUACUUGUGGAGGGCCAGCGUGCGGUGGAGGAAGUUCCGGAGAUGGAGGGGGCGGCGGCAGUGGGUGUGGAGGAGGAGGAGGAUGUGGAGGGGGGGGAGGGUGUGGAGGAGGUGGAGGGUGCGGAGGAGGAGGAGGGUGCUGAAGGAGAGGAUGAUGUCGUGGAGGUGUUAUGUUUGGAAUCGUAUCCAUACAAAUAUGUGGGUAACGUUGGCGUCGGUGAAUUUCUCGAGGCGCACAAGUUUGAAGUAUCUCCACGAAACUAUUUUCAGCAGCAUUUUAUUGCCGACAAGUCAUACUGA